AUGCAUAAACGAACAGAACAGAAGACAAAACAGAAGACAGAACAGAAGACAGAACAGAAGACAGAACAGAAGACAGAACAGAAGUUAGAACACAGAACAAAACAGAACACAGAGCAGAAGACAGAACAGAAGACAGAACAGAAGACAGAUCAGAAGACUGAACAGAAGACAGAACAGAAGACAGAACAGAAGACAGAUCAGAAGACUGAACAGAAGACAGAUCAGAAGACUGAACAGAAGACAGAACAGAAGACAGAACAGAAAACACAGAACAGAACACAGGACAGAAGACAGAACAGAAGACAGAUCAGAAGACUGAACAGAAGACAGAACAGAAGACAGAACAGAAGACAGAUCAGAAGACUGAACAGAAGACAGAUCAGAAGACUGAACAGAAGACAGAACAGAAGACAGAACAGAAGACAGAUCAGAAGACUGAACAGAAGACAGAACAGAAGACAGAACAGAAGACAGAUCAGAAGACAGAACAGAAAAGACAGAACAGAAGACAGAACAGAAGACAGAACAGAAGACAGAUCAGAAGACAGAACAGAAGACAGAACAGAACAAAACAGAACACAGAGCAGAAGACAGAGCAGAAGACAGAACAGAACACAGAACAGAACACAGAACAGAACACAGAACAGAACACAGAACAGAACACAGAGCAGAAGACAGAACAGAAGACAGAACAGAAGACAGAUCAGAAGACAGAACAGAAGACAGAUCAGAAGACAGAAAACACAGAACAGAAGACAGAACAGAAGACAGAACAGAAGACAGAUCAGAAGACAGAACAGAAGACAGAACAGAAGACAGAUCAGAAGACAGAACAGACCACAAUCGAGAAUAGAGCUCAUAGAGCACGCGCAGCGCACCCAUUUCCGCGUCGGAACAUUUUUCAAUCGCGCCUUCGAUUUGCUACUUACCUAG